AUGAGCAACGCCAUGAACAACGACGAAAUUGCCUCGUCCACCUCGGACGAGAUAGUCGGUCCCAAAGGCGAGAAGCCUACAUCCUACCACCACGAUGAGAAUGCCACCCACCAAAAGGCUGAGCUAGAAGCGGGGGGCCGGUCGCCCAACAAGGUCAAUGCGAUCUUUGAGAAUCCGCUCGUCAAUAUCCCUCGCCACCAGCUCAUGAAGGAUGUUGAGGACUUCUGCACCCAGUAUGGCCUCAUGGAUCACAUCGAUGCCUUCCGCAAGGGCGCUCUUAUCUCGCAGAAUCCAGCCGGGGCCGAGAAUCUGAGCGAGUUGAAUGCGGAGGAGAAAGCCGUGCUGCGUCGGGAGCACACGCAUAAAUGGUCCCAGCCGUGGCAGCUGUAUUUCAUGGCUGCCAUGUGUUCGCUCGCAGCCGCCGUGCAAGGAAUGGACGAAACAGUCAAUAACGGCGCCCAGGCGAUCUACCUUGCUGAAUUCCGAAUCAAAGACGCAGAACACCCCGAGCGAUCCCGAUUCUCUCCCGACAUGCAGAACUACCUCACGGGACUUAUCGUCGGCGCACCCUACCUCGCCUGCGCCAUCCUCGGCUGCUGGCUGACGGAACCUCUAAACCGCUACUUCGCGCGGCGCGGGACCAUCUUCAUCUCGUGCUUCAUCGCCGCCGUGGCGUCGAUUUGGGAAGGCGUCGCCAACUCGUGGGUCAACCUGUUCAUCGCCCGGUUCGUGCUCGGUCUCGGCAUCGGGGCCAAGUCGUCCACCGUCCCCGUCUACGCAGCCGAGUGCUCGCCGGCGCCCAUCCGCGGCGCACUAGUCAUGAUGUGGCAGAUGUGGACGGCGUUCGGCAUCAUGCUGGGCAACAUCAUGGGGGUGGCGUUCAUGGGACUCUCGCGGGACCUGUCCUGGCGGCUCAUGCUGGGCUCAACGGUGGUGCUGCCGCUGAUCGUCUGCGCGCAGGUCUACUUCUGCCCCGAGUCGCCGCGCUGGCUGAUCGAGCACAACAAGAUCGAUAAGGCGUUCCAGGCGUUCCGCACGUUCCGGCCGACGGACCUGCAGGCGGCGCGCGAUCUGUACUAUGCGUAUGUGGGCGUGCAGCUGGAGAAGGAGGUGAACCAGGGCAAGAACUUUUUCACCAUGUUUAUUGAGCUGUUUACUGUGCCUCGCAACCGGCGGGCGACGCUGGCUAGCUGGAUUGUCAUGUUCAUGCAGCAGUUCUGCGGCGUCAAUGUCAUUGCCUAUUACUCCACCACCAUCUUCCAAGAAUCCGGCUACUCGAUCCAACAGGCACUGCUCGCCUCCAUGGGCACCGGCAUCCUGAACUGGGUCUUCGCCCUGCCGGCCUUCUUCACCAUCGACACCUGGGGCCGCCGCAACCUCCUCCUCGUCACCUUCCCGCUGCUCGCCAUCUGUCUCUUCUGGUCCGGCUUCUCCUUCUGGAUCGAACCGGACAACCCGACCAGCAAGAAGCGCGUCGCCAUGGUCACGACAGGCAUGUAUCUGUUCGAGGUCUUCUACUCGCCCGGCGAGGGGCCCGUGCCGUUCACGUACUCGGCGGAGGCGUUCCCGCUACACGUGCGCGAGGUGGGCAUGUCGUGGGCGACGGCGACGACGUGGUGUUUCAACUUCAUUCUCUCGUUCACGUGGCCGAUGCUGCUGGAUGCGUUUAAGCCGCAGGGGGCGUUCUCGUGGUAUGCGGCAUGGUGUCUCAUCGGGUGGGUGUUGAUUCUGCUGUUUGUGCCGGAGACCAAAGCUCUCACCCUGGAAGAACUGGACCAGGUCUUUUCCGUGUCAACUCGGAAACAUGCUGCGUACCAGAUCAGGAAUGCGAUUUGGCAUUUCCGGGUGUGGAUUCUGCGGCAGAAGUUGGAGCCGCUGCCCAAGUUCUACGAGGGAGCGGGCAAUCUGUACGAGGGUGAGGAGUGA